AUGUCGCGUGAACGAGCGGCCGAGUAUCACCAUGCCGGCUCCCCGCACGAACGGGACGAAGAAUACGAGCGAAUCAAGAAGUAUGAAGACUUUACGACAAUAGACUGGAUACAGGAUGCGAUCGUCGAGCGGAAUCGACGCCUCCGGACUUCACGCAAGCUGCACUCUUCGUACAUUGGCCAUGGCAGGAGAUGGGAGGUCGCAUGGGCGUGGACAUGGUCGAAAUUUUCUAUCUUUGCGGAUGCUGCGCAGAGCUGGUUCGUGGUCAGCCUAGUCGGCGUAUGUAUCGGCGUAAACGCUGCACUCAUAUCCAUCGUAACUGCCUGGUUGUCCGACCUCAAGAUGGGCUACUGCCACGACGGGUGGUGGCUGAAUAGGCAGUUCUGCUGCUGGGAAAUAGAAAACGACGACGCCGGUUGUGAUUCUUGGCACAGAUGGAGUACUGUGCUGCCCGUGCGGUGGACCAUCUACGUGAUCUUCGCUGCAACGUUCUGCUUCACCGCCGCUCACCUCGUCCGGUCGAUCGCAAAGUAUGCAGCAGGCUCGGGUAUCUCAGAAAUCAAGUGCAUCCUCGGUGGAUUCAUCAUGAAGGGGUAUCUGGGCGUCGGGACAUUUUUCGUCAAGAGCAUCACGCUGCCUCUAGUCAUUGCUUCCGGGCUGUCAGUCGGUAAGGAGGGCCCCUCUGUACAUGUCGCGUGCUGUAUAGGGUACCUCGUUGCCAGCCUGUUCAGGCGCUAUCAUCUGAGUCAAGGCAAGAUGAGGGAAGUAUUGACCGCGUCGAGUGCGGCUGGAGUCGCGGUUGCGUUCGGUUCCCCGAUUGGAGGGGUGCUCUUCUCGAUUGAAGAAAUGAGCAGCGUCUUCAGUAUCAAGACGAUGUGGAGAAGCUUCUUCUGUGCCCUCAUGGCAACUGUUACAUUAUCAGCUAUGAAUCCUUAUCGCAGCGGGAAGCUGGUACUGUUCCAGGUCACUUAUGAUCGUGACUGGCACUUCUUCGAGAUCAUUUUCUUUGUCAUUCUGGGGAUCUUCGGCGGCCUCUACGGAGCCUUUGUGGUCAAGUUCAACCUGCAAGUGGCCGCUUUCCGACGGAAGCAUCUGAGCAGUUUUCCCGUCUCCGAAGCCGUCAUCCUAGCAACUAUCACGGCCAUGGUCGGGUAUUUCAACCGCUUCGUUCGGAUCGACAUGACAGAAAGCAUGUCCAUCCUUUUCCGCGAAUGUCAAGGGGUGGAAGGCGACUACGAUAACAUUUGCCAGACAUCAGAACAGUGGCCGAUGGUCAACUCGCUGUUCCUCGCGACGAUCCUCCGUAUGGGACUUGUGGUCGUCUCGUAUGGUUGCAAGGUCCCGGCUGGAAUCUUCGUGCCCUCCAUGGCGAUCGGCGCUACAUUCGGGCGUAUGGUUGGGAUCAUGGUCAAGGCCCUUUACAGGGCUUAUCCGGAGUCCAGCAUGUUCGCCGUCUGUCAGCUCGACGUACAAUGUAUCACGCCCGGAACAUACGCAUUCCUCGGGGCUGCUGCUGCGCUGAGUGGCAUCAUGAGGUUGACAAUAAUGGUUGUUGUCAUCAUGUUCGAGCUGACCGGUGCGCUGACGUAUAUCUUGCCGACGAUGAUCGUUUUACUUGUGACGAAGGCUGUCGGUGACUUCCUUGGAACGACCGGCAUCGCAGAUGAGAUGAUUCGUUUUAAUGGCUAUCCAUUCCUUGAGAGGGAUGAUGAAGCAUAUGAUGUGCCUGUCUCGAGAGUGAUGAAGACAGAACUGCAUACCAUACCUGCGUCUGGUAUCUGUAUCCGCGACGUCGAGGAGCGACUCAAGACCAGCGAUGUGAAGGGUUUCCCUGUGGUCUCCGCCGACGGGACGAACACGCUCAUAGGCUACAUUGACCGCGCGGAGUUACGAUACGUGCUUGACAAAGCACGUCGAGUGCAAAACAUAUCCUCCGCUACGCCGUGUUCGUUCGCAUCUGACCAGGACGACCACGAUCAGAUCGAGUUUCAAGUUGACUUCCCAGGCAUGCCAACAGGCCCUGCUCUCGGAAUCGAUGAGGAUAUAUCUAUGGAGAUAUUGGAGACGACCGCUACUCCCGGGGUAUUGAAAUUCUGGCCUUGGGUCAAUCAGACUCCGUUCACUGUUUCGCCACAACUCCCAUUGGAGAUUGCUAUGCAGAUGUUCAAGCGAAUGGGGCCGCGAGUUAUUCUAGUCGAAGACCGUGGAGAGCUACUCGGACUGGUCACCGUGAAAGACGUCCUCCUGUUCACCCUAGCAGAACAUAGCCAGACGAAGUCACCAUGGGGCGAGGCCGAGUUCGAGGGCAUCCUCGAAGAGGUAUGGACAUGGACAACUGACCGGUUCUACGCGUUUAUUUCUUACUGUCGCGCGCUCGUGAGACGGUAG